GCUCACUCACACUGUGAGAGGAGAGGUACCGAGAGUAUUCCCGGCUAUUCUUAACAGUCUACUUGUUGAAUCGCUCCAGGAGGGGCUGAAAAGGGUGGACUGGACACGGUGAUACACAGUUAUAUUUUACAACAUGUCGCCACGUAGCUCAUGAUGCCUCCACCAGCUCCCAGCAGAGCACCGGACACCUGCACGGGCAUAGCAAGUUUUUACGCGUUUACACUUGAAACGCUGAUUUCCGUCAAUGAGAUGAAUCGGGAUGAACGGGAGACACCCACAAGAAGAAACGAGGGGGGCCCUGAUGUGGUCAUCUACAGGACCAUGUCUCCUUAAUCUGCUGGAUUUUAUCUUCCAGUCUUUUCAAGAGACAGAGAGACUUGAGUGACUUGAGUGAAGAUGAUCAAAACGGAGCCUCCGUCGGCCACCUUGCUGCCACCGGAUACCGUGGACAUCAUCCGCAGCAAGACCCACACCCGCCGAGUGAGGCUCAACGUCGGGGGCCUUCUCCACGAAGUCCUGUGGAGAACGCUGGACAGGCUGCCCCGCACAAGACUGGGCAAACUGAGGGACUGCAACACCCACGACUCUAUCAUGGAGGUAUGCGACGACUACAGCCUGGAUGACAGCGAGUACUUUUUCGACAGACACCCCGGCGCUUUCACCUCCAUUCUGAACUUCUACCGCACCGGGAAGUUGCACAUGAUGGAGGAAAUGUGCGCCCUCUCGUUCAGUCAAGAGCUGGACUUUUGGGGCAUCGACGAGAUCUACCUGGAGUCCUGCUGCCAGGCCAGGUACCACCAGAAAAAGGAGCAGAUGAACGAGGAGCUGAAGAGAGAGGCCGAGAAUAUGAGAGAGACGGUCGGAGAGGAGUUUACAACCACAUGUUGUUCCGAGAAGAGGAAGAAGCUCUGGGACCUCUUGGAGAAACCGAGCUCAUCAUUUGCUGCUAAGAUCCUGGCAAUUAUCUCCAUCCUCUUCAUUGUGCUGUCUACCAUCGCUUUGUCUCUGAACACCCUUCCAGAGCUGCAGGACACAGAUGAGUUUGGUCAAUCCACAGACAACCCGCAACUGGCCCAUGUGGAAGCUGUGUGUAUUGCCUGGUUUACUAUGGAGUACCUGCUUCGCUUCCUCUCCUCCCCCAACAAGUGGAAGUUCUUUAAGGGUCCGCUGAAUAUCAUCGACUUGUUGGCCAUCCUGCCCUACUACGUCACCAUCUUUUUGACAGAAUCCAACAAGAGUGUGCUGCAAUUUCAGAACGUCCGCCGUGUGGUUCAGAUUUUCCGGAUCAUGCGGAUCUUGCGUAUUUUGAAGCUGGCCCGUCACUCCACAGGUCUUCAGUCUCUAGGCUUCACUCUCAGGAGGAGUUACAAUGAGCUGGGCCUGCUUAUCCUUUUCUUAGCCAUGGGCAUCAUGAUAUUCUCCAGUCUGGUGUUCUUUGCCGAAAAGGAUGAAGAGGACACAAAGUUCAAAAGCAUCCCAGCUUCUUUCUGGUGGGCUACCAUUACUAUGACAACAGUAGGCUAUGGCGAUAUCUACCCAAAAACUCUGCUGGGAAAGAUAGUUGGAGGAUUGUGCUGCAUUGCCGGAGUACUGGUGAUAGCCCUGCCUAUCCCCAUUAUUGUGAAUAACUUCUCUGAGUUCUACAAAGAGCAAAAGAGGCAGGAGAAAGCCAUCAAAAGAAGGGAGGCUCUGGAGAGGGCUAAGAGAAAUGGCAGCAUUGUUUCUAUGAACAUGAAAGAUGCAUUGGGCCGCAAUGAAGAGCUUAUGGAUAUUAUAGUGGAAAAUACUGAUGAAAAAACGGAGAAGAUGCAUGAUAAUCACGUGACUCCUAGUGUGCAGAAAGGGACACCCAAACUCAGGUCACAGAUGAGCCCCAGCAAGACCCUCGAAUCAAGCUACCAAGAGCAGGCCAAGCCCUCUAGCAGCCCUCAGCAUCUUAGCGCACGGAAACUGGAGGAGAUGUACAAUAACCUGGCCAAGGCCCAGUCACAUACCAACCUCAACAGCAAGGAAAAGGGCCCACCGUCCAAAGCAGUGAGGCAGAGAGCAGAAAUAGAGAUGGGAAGCAUCACCGCUGAAGCCAUCACAAGCAAAGCAGAAACAGUUGCAGACAUGAGAAACAUGUCCAGCAUUGACAGCUUCAUUAGCUGCACCACUGACCUCCCCGAGAGCUUUCGCUUUUCCCACAGCCCCGUCAGCAGCAUGCCAGGUAAGGUCAGCACUCACCCUAGCCUGGAGCCCACUUUGGAGAGUGAGCAUGAAGGAUCCCAGGGUACCAAUACACCCCAGACAGGACGAGGCACCAAGCUCGGCCCAUAUGCUGACAGUCCCAGGGCUCUGCGCUUCAAGAACCCACUCAAAAGCCACUCUCUCAAGGUCAACUUCAGAGAUGGGGAGGAUUUAGGGACAGGGGCCCUCUCAGACAGCUCGUCAGUCCAGAGCCCUGAGGAGUCCGUCUAUACAACUGCCAGAAGUAGGACACCCAGCAAGAGCCCGGAGAAUUUACUGCCCAGCAGCCUCUUCACUUUCCAUGAUGCAUCCAUCAAUAAAUUCAUCGACGCUGACACAGAUGAGGAGGAGCACCUGCAUGAUGUUUCAGGCAUCAAUCCCUCCCAAAGACUCCUGAAAAGAGCAAGCCCCGGGUUUCACUCCAGCUUCCAGCAAGGGGCCAAGGAGGGCCUGCAGACGAAGCUGGGGAACAGCACACUGCCGGCAGAAGGGCAGGAGAACCAUGUGGCUCAGGAACUACAACCACUUCAGGGAGAGAAGGGUCACUUGAACACUUAAAGGUACAAUAAGGGAGAGGCCAUGAAGGAAACAAACAGCAGAUGAGGAAGCAAAAAGGGAAAUUUAAGAAGCACAGGGAAUUUAGCAAAACUGAACUUCCCAAAAAUAUGAAAAGGCACUGAAAACAUUUGCAGGAACAUUUGAAGAAAUUCAUAAAAAAAUGCUUGUGUCAUGGAAAUAGCUGUGGACAAUGGGAAAGAUGUUUGUGUUUUACUCUCGAGCUUUUUCUAAGACUCCUGAAUUAAUCACUUUAGCAGAAGACUCUGAUCUAAGAGGUUUUUAAAAAAUGGCAAGGAAUGCCCGUCUGAUUGUUUUUACUAUUUAUACAUUUAUUUUAGUCCAGAUAGACAUAUAUAAAUUCCAGCCUAGUUGUAAGAGUGAAGGAUAUCAUUUUUAUAAGCAAAAUCCUAUUUUCUGACAUCCCUGGAUAAAGCAACUACAACAAAAGCUGUCCAGUUCGUAGCAAACCAGAGAAAGCAUUGAAACACUGCUCUGCAAGAUGAGAAACUCACUCAGCUGUGGUUCAUAUAACUUUGUUGUCGUGUGACGAGGGAACUUGCGUGUCUCUUUAAGUUAUCAGUUAAUGUAUAAGUGUAUAAUUGUGGCAUUACAAAAGCAACAGUGUGUUGGAUAAAUGUACAGUUUGCUUCCUUUAACUUCCUUCCUCAAAACUGGCCUUAGUUGUGUUGUGUUUGUGUUUGUAUGAGGGAGAAAGAGCCACAGACAGACAGACAGCAC